AUGCUGGUGAAAGUAGCCUUCCACAGGGAGCCUGAACUGCCUUUCCACUUGCUUAAAGGUAAGUAACUACAUGUAGUAAGCACUGACUUGUUAAUAAGCGGUUGUGUUCGUCCCCCCCCCCCAUUUUUUUGCACUCCAGCAGUUCAAGAACAGCCUUUCUGUAUACCUGUUUCCAAAUACUGGUUCUUGUUUUUAUUUAUUAAAUCAGUGGCUUAUGUAGCUGUGCAUGUUCACAGCCUCCAAAAGCAAAUUAUUGUUUUCGCAUUAAGUGUUUGCCUUUUUUUAAAAAAAAAAAAUUACUGCUAAGUAGAUAACAUGUUCUCUGAUGUUGGUUGAUUGAUGCUACUAUACAAGCCUUUUGGGAAACAGCUGUUGCUAAUAAGAAGCAUUAUAACAAAAUAAUUGGGUUUCUUUCUUCAAGAAACAUUUUGUACAAAUGCUAAUGAUGUUGUUUAUUUUCCUUCAUAAACAUUUUCAGAGACUGUUCUUUUAUCUGCUACAGCAAAUUAUAAUAGUGAUGGUUUAAAUAGAGAAAGACAAAUUGUUCUUAGGUUUACAGCAGGAAAAUUCUCCUUUGAUAUAUAUUUGGCUGUGUGUUCCCUUCUGCAGUUGGGAGUACUCUACUCUGCUUUUUUUAAAAAAAUAAAGAAAUCCUGAGCCCACAAAGACUUCUUUUUUAUAUUACUAUUGGCUCUAUUAAUGUGUUUGUACUGUAUUGUCCUUGCGCAGUGAUGCUUUGCCCCGAACAGGGUGUGCAUCAGGGAAAAGUGGGGUGGGGUGUAGUGAGAGCCCCCCAGGACACAAGUGUCAGUCAAGGGCAGGGAUAAUGUGGUGGUACAAGAGAGGUGGGGAAAACAGUGGCCAUUGAGGCAGGAUGAUGCUGCUUGCACGAGAGAUGGAGCCUUAGGCAAAUAAGAAAGUGACAGCAUGUAUCAGGGAUGUGGGGGGAGGGAUUGUCUCUUGACCCACUGAUUGGCAAGGUGUGGGAAGAACAAGGGAGACUGUGUCCCUUGGCGCAUACCAGUCAAAUCACUGUCUGCAGGGCUUUAGUGAAGCUGUAAUAAGGGAAGCGUUUACACAAAUGUCUCUUAAUGAGUCAGACUUCAAUUUUUUGAAAAUCCAAGAGCAGGUAAAUAUAUGCUUUCGUGUGCAUGCACAUUUUUUGUAUCUGAAGAAGUGUGCAUGCACACGAAAGCUUAUACCCAGAACAAACUUAGUUGGUCUCUAAGGUGCUACUGGACAAUUUUUAUUUUUUCCCCAACUGCGUCAGACCAACACAGCUACCUACCUGAAUCAGGUAAAGAUAGAUUCCCUGGCUUGGAUCCUAAGAUACAAUAAGGGAGUUUACAGAUGGAAAGUUUUCCCUUCUCUUCCCUGCAGCCUUCUGCACAUACACCCUCCAGGCAGUUGGACAGAUUCAGGGGAGGCAUGAGGCCUGCCAUCUUGUCAGGGAGCAACCUGUUAUUCCUUUUUUUUGGAAAGGAACUCUGCCAGUAAGGCGGGUGGGAAGCCUCCCCCACCUGCUACAGAUUCAUCAUAGGCCAUGUUCCUGGCCAGCGCUUCUCAAGAUUUUGUACUGACUUGCCUCACACCAACAUACAGUGGUACCUCGGGUUACGUAUGCUUCAGGUUACAUACGCUUCAGGUUACAGACUCCAGUAACCCAGAAAUAUUACCUCAGGUUAAGAACUUUGCUUCAGGAUGAGAACAGAAAUCAUGCAGCAACGGCGCAGCGGCAGCAGGAGGCUCCAUUAGCUAAAGUGGUACCUCAGGUUAAGAACAGUUUCAGGUUAAGAACAGACCUCUGGAACGAAUUAAGUUCUUAACCCGAGAUACCACUGUGCAAACCUGAGGUGUAGAUCCUCUGUAGGGCUAUACUAGAGCUGAGACUGGGUCCAGAUAGUCAUUUGGUGACUAGGCCUUACUGCAUGAAUAUUUAUUUGUGUGCUGGUUCCCAGUAGUCAGCCCCAACCAGUGCUGACUCCAUGUAUUGCCAGGGUUUUUUGGCAGGCGGGGCGGGAAUACAAUGGUACCUCAGGUUAAGUACUUAAUUCGUUCCUGAGGUCCGUUCUUAACCUGAAACUGUUCUUAACCUGAAGCACCGCUUUAGCUAAUGGGGCCUCCUGCUGCCACCACACCACCAGAGCACGAUUUCUGUUCUCAUCCUGAAGCAAAGUUAUUAACCCGAUGUACUACCCACGACCUGAUUGUGGAUGGAGGAUUUGACCUGGCAUGUGUGACAGAGACCUGGUUGGAUGAAGCAGAUGGGCCCGUCCUUGCCGCUGCUUGUCCACCAGGUUUCUCUUACGCACAGCAACCCAGGCCUUGUGGGCGGGGAGGGGGGUUGCAGUGAUUUUUAGGAAGUCUUUAGUUUGCACCAGGCGUCCUAUUGGAAAGACCCAGUUCUCUGAGUGCAUGUUCUGGAAGUUGGGCAAUAGGGGCAGUACAGGAUUCCUAUUGGUGUACCGACCUCCCCGCUGCACCAAGGAUUCCCUGCCCGAGCUGCUUCAGGUUGUGGCGGAUGUCCUCCUGGAGACACCUAGUUUGGUUAUCCUAGGGGACUUUAACAUCCAUGCCGACACGACCUUACAAGGGGCCGCUCGGGACUUCGUGGAAAGCAUGGCCUCCAUGGGGCUGUCCCUGAAUAAGUCUGGCCCAACUCAUAGCCACGGGCAUGCCUUAGACCUGGUGUUCACUUCUAUGGAUGUUGGUGAUCUGACAUUAAGUAAAAGCGAAACCAAAGAAGUGCCAUGGUCAGAUCACUUCCUGGUGCAACUGGACUUCUCCGUGACCCUUCCCCUCUGCAGGGAGGCGGGACCGAUUCAGAUGGUCCGCCCCGCCACUUAAUGGAUCCAAAUGGUUUCCAGAGAGUGGUAGGGGAUGUUUUAUCCCAUGUUGAUGGCCUUUCAGCUGAUUCCCUGGUGGCCCGCUGGAAUGUGGAGUUAACCAGGGCUAUUGACUGUUUGGCUCCAAAGCGCCCUCUCCGAUUGCAUGGAGUCCGGACAGCCCCGUGGUUUUCCACGGAUCUGAGGGCAAUGAAACAAUCGUUGAGACAGCUAGAGCGCCGGUGGCGGAUAACCCAUUCUGAAUCUGACCGGACACGGGUUAGAGCUCAAUGUCGAGCCUACUAAGUGGCGAUAGCGACGGCGAAGAAGACUUUCUUCACCGCCUCUAUUGCAUCUGCGGAAAACAGCAGCAGGAGACUCUUUCAGGUGGUUCGCAAUUUAGCGGAACCACCUGCUCCAUCAGGGCCCAGUAGCGGCCACAUGAUCUCCUGCAAUGACUUUGCAAAGUUUUUGCAGAUAAAGUCGCUCAGCUUCGAGAAGAGGUAGACUCCACCGUGGGAGCAGGGCCGGGGCAGGAGAGUGCUAGAGUCCUGUCUAGUCAAGUUGUGUGGGAUCAAUUCCAAUCUGUUACCCCGAGGAUGUGGACAGGCUGCUUGGACGAGUGAAACCAACCACUUGCCUCCUUGAUCCUUGCCCAUCCUGGCUUAUAAAAGCUAGCCGGGAAGGACUGGGCGAUGGGCUUCGUGGGGUGGUGAAUGCUUCCCUCCGUGAGGGAGCCUUCCCAGACCCGCUGAAAGAGGCGGUUAUUAAACCGCUUCUUAAAAAAAACAUCUUUAGAUGCGGCCACGAUAGCCAACUAUCGCCCAGUCUCAAAUCUUCCAUUCUUGGGCAAGGUGAUUGAGCGAGUGGUUGCUGAACAACUCCAGGCACGCCUGGAAGAAGCGGACCAUUUGGAUCCCUUCCAGUCGGGAUUCAGGCCUCAUCAUGGGACUGAAACUGCCUUGGUCGCACUGGUUGAUGAUCUCCGGCGGGCUAGGGACAAAGGUGAGAGCUGUUUCCUAGUUCUGCUGGAUCUCUCAGCGGCAUUUGAUACCAUCGACCAUAACAUCCUUCUGGACCGUCUUGAGGGGCUGGGAGCUGGGGGCACUGUUAUACAGUGGUUCCGCUCCUUCCUCCUGGGCCGUGUUCAGAAAGUGGUGGUGGGGAAUGAGUGUUCAGACCCCUGGGCCCUCACUUGUGGGGUGCCUCAGGGUUCUGUCCUCUCCCCCAUGCUUUUCAACAUCUACAUGAAGCCGCUGGGAGAGAUCAUCAGGGGAUUUGGGCUGGGUGUUCAUCAGUAUGCAGAUGAUACCCAGCUCUACCUCUCUUUCAAAUCAGAACCAGUGAAGGCAGUGAAGGUCCUGUGUGAGUGCCUGGAGGCGGUUGGAGGAUGGAUGGCGGCUAACAGAUUGAGGUUGAAUCCUGACAAGACAGAAGUACUGUUUUUGGGGACAGGAGGCGGGCAGGUGUGGAGGAUUCCCUGGUCCUGAAUGGGGUAACUGUGCCCCUGAAGGACCAGGUGCGCAGCCUGGGAGUCAUUUUGGACUCACAGCUGUCCAUGGAGGCACAGGUCAAAUCUGUGUCCAGGGCAGCUGUUUACCAGCUCCAUCUGGUACGCAGGCUGAGACCCUAUCUGCCUGCGGACUGCCUCGCCAGAGUGGUGCAUGCUCUGGUUAUCUCCCGCUUGGAUUACUGCAAUGCGCUCUACGUGGGGCUACCUUUGAAGGUGACCCGGAAACUACAACUAAUCCAGAACGCGGCAGCUAGACUGGUGACUGGGAGCGGCCGCAGAGACCACAUAACACCGGUCUUGAAAGACCUACAUUGGCUCCCAGUACGUUUCCGAGCACAAUCCAAAGUGUUGGUGCUGACCUUUAAAGCCCUAAACGGCCUUGGUCCAGUAUAUCUGAAGGAGCGUCUCCACCCCCAUCGUUCUACCCGGACACUGAGGUCCAGCACUGAGGGCCUUCUGGCGGUUCCCUCACUGCGAGAAGCCAAAUUACAGGGAACCAGGCAGAGGGCCUUCUCGGUAGUGGCGCCUUCCCUGUGGAACACCCUCCCACCAGAUGUCAAAGAGAACAACAACUACCAGGCUUUUAGAAGACAUCUGAAGGCAGCCCUGUUUCGGGAAGCUUUUAAUGUUUGAUGUAUUAUAGUAUUUUAAUAUUCCUUUGGAAGCCGCCCAGAGUGGCCGGGGAAGCCCAGCCAGAUGGGCGGGGUAUAAAUAAUAAAUUAUUAUUAUUAUAUUAUUAUUACUAUUUCUGGGUUAGCAGAGUCUGUAACCUGAAGCAUAUGUAACUUGAAUCGUAUGUAACCCGAGGUACCACUGUACAUGGAGUGCUUCUUGUUACCAUUGCAGUUGUUUGUUAGACCCAAGAAAGAGUGGACAAAAGGGUUGAAAUGGUAAAAGAAAAGUGCACAGUGCUGUUGUGACUGAGCACUCUGCCUGACCAUGUUGAUUGUUGAUGCCAUGCUGACCCUUAAUCAGCAAAAUGUCCAUUAAUAUCUCUUUUGACUCUCUUUACCCCACUAUUUGUUUAUUAGGAUAUUAUAUUUCCACCAGGUGUUUGGAACAUAUUUGAGUUGCUCUUAUCCAAAUGGCAUCCUUCUCUCUCUCUCUCCCCACCCCCACUCCAAUCCAAGCACUUGGGGUGGUGAUUACACGAGGGCAUCUUGUGCAUUACAAAUGUAGAAAAUAGGGUGGGUCCUUGAUUCACGUUACAGUGCUUCCAAACACCCAGCAAUAAUGUUCAAAUAAAUAAUGUUUCUGGCUAUUCGGAAAUGAAGUGAGUUAAACCUGUGCAUUUGUUUGUUUAUUCUUCAUUCGCCAUUUAAGGAGCUGGCAAACAUUCCUCCAACCUUACAAAGACUGCCAGUCAUUGCUCAUUCAUUCAGCAUAUUGCACCUCAAGAUGGCACUCUUGAACUACUCAGCUUUUGAGGGAUAUACUGAUUAAGAAUUACUCACAGCAGGAAACUUUCAGAAAACAGGAUAUCUUAGGGAGGUCCAACUUAAGCAGGAACAACUGCCGCAAUGUUCAAACAGAACAACCACAUCAGACACUGACAGCACGACUUACUGAUAUUUAUAUACCAAGGAUUAUACUUCUUCCAAACGCUAGCUGAAACUAUUCAUUACAAUUGAAAUUACUGUUGUUAUAAGCUAAAGGCAGUUUUAACUAACCACUGCAAAAAGGGAAAUGCUUUCAUCUUGCUUCUGAACUCUGUAGCCCCAAAUUUUAAUGAUAUAAUUCUUUAUAUGAUGUGAAAAUCGCCUACAAUAUGUCUUUAUUAUUUUCUUUCAGAAGUCUGUUGCAUUUUAAAUAAAUAAAUAAAUAAAUAAAUAAAUAAAUCUGGAUUAGAAUUACAGAUCUAGUUGUGACCAGGUUGCUGAACUGCAUAUAUAGAAUUGAGGAGAACAGUUGGAAUGGCAUGAGAAUACCUUCUUAUUUCUUCCAGAUUUUAUCCUUCAUUCUUUCCCUUCAUUGCAGUGUCCAGGGAAGUGCUCUUCUGACUUCCUGGAAGAGGGAAGCAGGGCUUCUGAAUUCAAAGUGUGAUUUUUCCCAUCCUCUCAAUAUUCCGUUUGCCUGGGCCAGCAUUUGGAGUGAGGAGAGAAUAUAUAGCAGGGAUCACCACAUAUUUGGUCCAGUGGACAUAUUUGGAAUUUUGGGAAAGUGCCAUGGACACCGGUCACAAAUUAAUGGCAGUGGGGCAUGUCACAGCACAAAAUGGCUGCCAUGGGUGCAUGGCAUAACACAACAUGGCUGUCAGAAAGGAGAAAUGGAUCACAAAAUAGUGGGCACCAUGUUGGAUACCUCUGAUAUAUGGUAUCAUCUGGUCUCAUUUGGUAGAAGCUCCAUGAGAAACUUCUCAGUGUAUUUAAUGCAGAGUCAGAAUUAUGCACCUUGAUUACAACUUUCCAUGCAUUUUGGCGUAUGUGAUUUUGUAAGCACCUUAACAAUUGCCUUAAACCAAAGGCAUGCGCACACACAUGCGCACACACACACACACACACACAAAAUAUAUUUUUGAAAACCAAUCUAUCAUAUCUAUAGCAAGAAAUAGAAUGCCUUCCUUAGUACAGUGGUACCUCAGGUUACAUAUGCUUCAGGUUACAGACUCUGCUAACCCAGAAAUAGUGCUUCAGGUUAAGAACUUUGCUUCAGGAUAAGAACAGAAAUCGUGCUCCGGCAGUGUGGUGGCAGCAGGAGGCCCCAUUAGCUAAAGUGGUGCUUCAGGUUAAGAACAGUUUCAGGUUAAAAACGAAUCUCAGGAACGAAUACUUAACCUGAGGUACCACUGUAGUUGGUUUAUAAUUUAAUCAACAAUAAUACCUAUACAUUGACAUAAAUUUAUUGUUUCUACAAUUCUCAUUGGCCAUGCUGCCUGGAGCUGAUGGAGUUGUAGUGCCAACAACAUCUGGAGGACCUCAGGUUCACUAUCCUGCUCUGUAAAAUGCAAAAUGUGCUAGCAUUAGUAUUAAGGAGGCAGCAGUAUGCAUUGCCACUUGACCUGAUUUCCAGAUGAAAAGAUAUGCAGCAGGUGGGUUGUGUCCAAUUUUCUAAUGAUUUGUAAAACUUUUAUGAGCUUUAGCUGAUGAGUAAGCUUUUCAGCCCUAGCUGGGUCCCAUAAGUUUCCAUACCACAGAUUUAAACUUGAAUCCUUCAAAGUCUUCCAUUGCUGUGCCACAUAAAUCCAUGCAACAGUCACUGUGAAUGUCAGCAGUUCAUUAGAUUUUGUGGCCUCAUUAGGGGAAACAAUAUCCAUUUUAGCUUUCACAAGGGCCACCUUCAACCUUGUUGCUAAAAUGAAACCUUAUCUUGACUCAGCUUCACAUGUACCCACAGCUUUAAGGAUUUCGUGCUGUUUUAUGCAGGGACACGACUGGCCCGUACGGGCAGGGGUACCUUUACCUUUAAUGUUGCGUUGUUUUAUAGAAAGGCUAAUGGUAGAAGCAAUUGUGGUUUCCCUAGGCAGCAUUAAAAUGUCCUGUUAAUGACUGCUUGUUGCUGCUUUUCACUGACAGCUGUAAACAAACAUACCAAGGACAGAAGUAUUAAAAAGGCUGAAAGGAAAGGAAACGAAGCGCAAAGACCUUGGCAUUUGCAGACCUUGUUUUGCACAUGCAGGUAAAGUGCUCCAAUUCAAUGCCUGAAUAUUAGAACGUAUGUUAACUCUGGUGACAAUUAUUGGACAGAAGAAUCAGUUUGCUGCAGCAAAAUGUGAAUAUUUUAAUGGAUUUCAAUUUAGCAAUUUGAAGACUGAAUACAUCCCAAGAAAAAUAAAGGGCUGCAAAUCAUAAACAUUUCAUUUCACUCAUCUCCUUUCCAAGAAAAUACUAGAAAUGUUUGAACUCCUCUACAUAUAUCUCUAUCUUUUUUUUUGUCCAGAUGAAACCACCAAAGAAAACUUCAGCCACAAUCUCAUUAAAGUCAGAAUAACUAUUGAGGAACCAUUUCCAAAACCCAUGAAUGUGCCUGAAACUAGGCCCAGAAACCACAAGACUAUAGAAAAUAAAUGUUGUUCUUCAUUUGGUGAGUUUGCAGCACAUCCUUGAAUCUGUUUUCUACCUUUAAUUACGGAGAUGAGUAUUUCUUAAGCUCAGGUUGAGGUAUUUGAAAAACCAAAGGAUUUGAAAGGAUUUCAGUGAAAAUAACAAUACUGAUAGUAGGCUCACACCUUUUUACUGAUGUGGAAAUCAUGGUUAUUGCUUGAUUACUGAAUGUGUAAAUAAUAUCUUAUGUGAUCUGCAACCAUGGGACCUUCAUUCUCAUCACAUAUAUUUAUUUACUUGAGAGGAAACAAGCUAGAAAAAGAUGAAAUGACAAUGGGAUUUGCUAUCAGCUAUCAUGUUGUGGCUAUACUUAAACUGUGACCUCAUAAGAGCAGAAAGAAAAUUGGUAGCAUCGCUGGGUCACAAGGGUGAAACAAGAGGAGGAAAGACCUUUAUUCCAGAAACUGAAAAGUGAAGUUGUGCAGUAGUUCUAUAACAGAUCUGCUUAAGAGCAUUAAUUAGUGAGUCAGAAGGCUACUCUCCAUUAUGCAAUAGGUUUUCCAGCUCACUGGCAUUAAACCAGUUCCAAUAAAGAUCAUUUUUGCUCCUUCGAAAUUUUCUCAUGAAAGAAAAUCAUUUGAAACCUUUGAUUACUGGGAUGCUGUUUGUUUAUCAAAGAAAGAACAUGAGGGACAUUGCCUUUUUAUCUUUAAUGGGAAACCUCAGAAAAAUGAGGGUGGGCAGUAGGGAACACAGGGGUAGGAGAGAAAGUUUAAUAUCCAACACAUUUUGGACAUCUCAUACUGUAUAUAUAAAUGUGAUGUAUGCAGAGCUUUUAGGAUUUCUAUACAUGAUUUUGUAGUAGUAGUAGUAGUAAUAAAUACUAUACUAUACUAUACUAUACUAUACUAUACUAUACUAUACUAUACUAUACUAUACUAUACUGUAAUUUGUCCCAACUGUUUCAUUGCCCUUAAUUCACUGGUAUACCAAGGUACAAAUGCCGGAAACUCUCAGGGCAACCCUGUCAAGCCCCACACUGGGGCAAGAGCUUGAACAGGGCUACCUGCUCUAUCUUCCAGGGCAUUCAGGAAUCCAUUGGAUUCCUUUAGUCUCUGGGAACAUACCAUCAUCUCUCCACCACCCCUUACAAGGGGAAGACUGGAGCCAUAAGUCCAAACUUCACCAGGAAACGAUCUGACUAUGACAACAAGGUAACACCCACGCAGCCCUUCCUCUACCUGGAGCAAAAACUGAAUCAAGGGUGUGGUCUGCCCUAUGUGUCAAUUUGCCAGCUUAGUCAGAGAACCUGCUCAGCAGCAGGGUAGAUGAUUGGCAUAUAUCCAUUUCAGUUGUCAUGUUUAGUGAAGCUCUCUGCUGAAGUAAAGCAAUUUAUCUGGAUGGCUUUUACCAUGUACUGUACAUAGUUCUUCGGAGAAAAAAAUGAUUUAUGUGGCACCCUUCUUGGUGAUAUAUAUUAUCACUAUGAUAGAAUUGCUGAUUGUUCUUAUGUUUCACUCUAUCUAAGAAGAUUUAUUCUUUCCCAAAACUUUUCAGCAGGAGGUAUAAAUAUAUUGUGCAAAUGACCUGCUGUCCUUAGCGUUGAACUGCAUAGCUAUGGGUAAAAUAUAGAAUUUUGUACGUGCUUCUGCUUUAAUUAUCGCAAUGCAAACUAUAGUGAAUAGUAUGUCCCAAGGGAAAAUGCUUAUGGUACUUUAAAAGGAAGCAGAAAUAAUUUAGAUCAUAACAAGUGUUGUCCUGCAAAAAAUAAUUUUUAAAAAAUGGUGGGAAGUGCUCCUGCGCAGGGUCCAAAUCACUACAUUCCUUUCAUCUGUUUGGCUUGCUCAGCCCUCAUUGGGCUAUUGGGGUUUCUUAUCUCUGCAAUUUUGGUUGGUUUUCCCCCUUCAAGUUUGGAUUUUUAAAAGGUGUGUGGUAGAGGCACUUAUACCCUGUCACAGCUACAUUAAAAUAAUUGAUUUUUCUAUCCAUGUCUUUGGGAAGAUCUCACUUCUGUUCUUAGCGACAUUUUAAAUUAGUUUCUUCAGUGCAAAACAGGAAGUUAUCUAUCCAAUCAGGGAGAUGCUUUUUCCUACUAAUAUAUAUUUCUCUGUCCUCAUGUUCCAGGCAGUCCAUUCUAGUCUCCCUUCCACUCAGUUGUCAGAUCCACACACCCCGGUCUUACUCUGUGAGGGCGAGAGCUCUACAAUUGUUUUUUGUACUUUAUGUGUACCUUGGGGUUGCCUCAUGUCUGCUGGCACUUCUUUUUUGCGUGAUAAUGGUGUCUACAUGAGCGUGGAGCAACUUGGAAUUACAUUAGUAUAUAGACAGGUCAGAUCCUGCAAUAUAAUGUUGCAUCAUAUCUCUGUUAUGUUUGUGUGUAUGACCUGAAGGAGCUGAAAAGUGAAUGUUAACAUGAAAGUCAGGAGUGCCUGCUCCAACUUAGGUCUGACUUCAUGUCCAUUUGUUUUGUAUAGCGUUUGAGCAUUUGAAAGUGCAACCAGUCAACAUGCAAGUCAAUGAAUCAUGAGGCUUCUUCAGGCAGAAUUAUCCUGAAUUGCAUCAGUGCUGUAUCAGCCAUUACUUAAGCGAUGAUGGCUUCCACACUAGUCCCUCACACUGGAAUUGCCAAAUUUUGUUCACUCACUUUUUAUGGGAAUCAAGUGCACUGAUUGACUGUUUGAGGCAGAGAGGGAGGGGUUAGACCCCCCUUCCCCUUCAAGGAGCAGAUUGGCAGGGUUUUGCAGCUUUUUCAAAGGAGCUGCACUUAUGCAGCCCCAGCUGCUACACCCACACCCUGUUGCUUGCAACUAUAUAUAUUUAUUAAGAUAGAAAUGAAAGAAAAAGGUACAUCACUCCAUGUUUUAACUUCGCAUUCAGCAGGCCUUGCAUAUUUUAUUCAAGUUUUUUUCAAGAUAAUGGUAGUACAAAAAGUUCCACUUUUUAUUCCAUUUUCUGCUUAUCUAUAUUUGUCACCUGAAGUUUUCCAGUCCACAUAACUGCUAAGUUAAUAAAACAGGAUAAAAGAUGCAGCUUCUUAUCCAACAAGGAAUAACAGCGCACGAAAACAGCCAUUCAUGCUCAGAUUUUCCUGGUAAAUCAGGAACUAAUAAGGUGGGCAUGUACAUCCAGUAAAGACUGACUUUUUCAUUAUAAUGCACAUCUGAAUGACAGACACCUAAUGCCCAUACAAUGGUGUGAAGGAAGAAGUGCCUUAUCAUCUAAUUGGGCAUAUACAGUGCCGGAUUUACGUAUAAGCUAAAUAAGCUAUAGCUUAGGGCCCCACUCUCUUGGGGCCCCCCAAAAAAAAUUAAAGGGGAAAAAACUGGAUGUACAUUUCCAAAAAUAAGAUAAAAAACAAAUAAAAUAAAACUUACAUACAGCAACAGUGUUUUGUGUUGUGUAUGGACCUAUUAGGUCCAUAAAUUUGCAUAUAGCAUAUAUUCAACCAAAAAAAACAGCGACAAUUUGUUGUUGACAAAGGACAGGUGGACAUAUAAAGGGCCCCAUUACCUUCAGUAGCUUAGGGCCUCAUCAAACCCAAAUCCCAGCCACAGUGUUUAAACCACUAGUCACACAAAUGUCCACACAGCUCAAAUUCCAACUUUUAACAACCGCAUAUCCUGCCAGGAACUGUGAAGUAUACAGACACAUCUAUUGGUUAAAUCAAGCAUUGCAUAAACUUUUCAUCUCAGGAGAUCGACAAAGGUAAGGUUUCCUUAUGGCAACUUUUUUUGGUGAAGAAGAUAUCACUUACUUCUGAGUAGCCAUAGCUAGGUUUGUGCUGCUAGACUUCUAAUGUCAGUGUCAUAUCCCACUGAUCCGGUCAUAGAGUGUAUAAAAACACACCUGCAUUGCAAAACUCUUUGGAAAUUUUAGAAGAAAUGAGCUAAGCAGAGGAGUCCCAAAAGGUAUAAUAAAUGUAGAAAGCAAGGGAUUCAAAAGCUUUAGGAAGGUCAGAUAACCUGUUGUAGGCUGCAAUCCUAAUCCCAUUACCUGGCAGUAAGCAUCAAUGAAUUCAAUAGGACUUACUUCUGAGUAGAAAUGGUUAGGUUUGUGUUGCUAGACCUCUAAUGCCAAUGUGGGAUACUUUCCCAAUCCACAUAUCCUAGCAAGUAAGCGGCAACAGAAUGUUUGAAGAUACAACUGUGUGCAAAGAUCUUUGCACAUUUCAGAAGAGACGUGGGAUGGAGGGGUGAAUUCAAAGGUUUAAAGAAACUCCAAAUUAGGGUGAGGAGCUGUCUCUUUAAGAAACCACUGAGGCACUGGAGAAAGGCGGAGGAGAAGCCCUCACCUGCAGCUGCAGCCAAUCAUAAGCUACGGCUUAUUUUAUUUGGGAAUAGUGUUACGUGCAUAAGAUUUGAUAGAACAUGCCAGAACAUUGGUGUUAUUAAGAUAGCAAUGCUAUCUUUCCUUAAAUUAUCUUUAUAACAAACUGAUAUAAAAAGGUAAGUGAAAUUAUUAUGAGACCACAAAGAUAAGUGAUGAUAAACUCUCCUUAAAGUCUUUCCAACAUCUCCCUGAUGGUGGUAAACAGAUUCCUAGCACCUAUCAUAGAAUCAUGUUUCUUCUAUUUUGUGCUUGCUGACAAAUGCACCUAAUAAAUGUCAGUCAAGAAAAAGAUCUGAAAUACACUUGUUCAGAGAUUGCCUUGAGCUUUUCACACAAGGUUAAAGCAAAUAGAAAAGUUGUAUCUAUUCUCUUUAAUGUUGCUUUCCUUUUAACUUUUGACCUUCCUAGUGAGCUGUAUUUUUCUUACUGGAUUGAAAGAAGUAUUGGGUUGCCACUGCAUGGCCAGUGAUCCUUCCUUUAAUUUCCAGAAAGCAAUUUCUGAAGGUUCAGCUUUACAGUAACCAGGUUACUGGAAAGAGCAUCUGGAAGAUAAUAAAAUAAGUAUCAAAGCUGAUAUUUGAGUAAGGUGAUAUGUCUUUCAACUAUCUGCACAUUCAUGUGUGGUGCUUCUGCCAGUACCAGCCAGUGGCGCUUUGAGAACAGGUUCACCAAAGCUCAGUUAAGGGUGAUGAGUAUUCUCAAAAUCAGUGCACACCCUUAAAAAACCUAGAUCCUGGACAAUAGAAUUGUCCUAUGUUGACAUCUUAGUCCUGUUCAGGCAUGCUUGGGAGGAGAGUGCAGACAUCCUAGCUAGCUCUGCCCCCUCCAUGGUGUCUCUUCAGCCUCUGCAUAGAAUCACAGAAUUGUAGAGUUGGAAGGGACCAUGAGGACCAUCUAGUCCAAUGCCCUUCAAUGCAGGAAUCUUUUGCCCAGUGUGGGGCUUGAACUCAUGACUCUGAGAUUACGAGCCUCAUGCUCUACCAACUGAGCUAUCCAAUUUGAUUGUUUUCUGUGUGUUCAAAUCUGAAGGUCUGAUCACGCAGAGUUAGAAAGCAGGUGAGGAGACUCCAUGAGUACACCGGACUCUCUGCUGCAGACACCUGCCCUCCAGAGAUGGCAAAGAGAGGGCAGACCUAGCUAUUAUGUUCCCACUCUCUCCUUUAUUGUAUGAGGGGGAGAACUUUUGAAUGGGGCCCUUGUCUUCUUGGGAAUCCCAUUUUAAAAGUAAGAUUGUAGCUGCCACAUGGAUAGCAUCUGCUAAAACUCAAGAGUGGUGCUAAAGCUUAGAAGUCUCAUUGGACAAAUAUUUUUGUGGCUAGGAGUUGGAUGAAGACACCAGGUAGCAGUAGGAUUCAAAGGCCAGAAUUUUGUUAAACAAGGAUGUGCAAAGAGCAUUAGGGGGUGGAGAUUAUCAGACAUCUGUGGGCAUUCUGCAACUUAAGAAGAAAUGGAAAGGGCCAGAGCUCAAUGGAGCAUCUGGUCUCCAUGCAGAAUAUCCAAAGUUCAAUCAGAAAACGGGUCAUGCAUCAGAAACGUUGAGCUUUUCGUUCAUCAGAACUUCAAAAACCCUGGUCUUAAUAAAGCAGGCCAGUCUCCUCUUGCCCUUUCAUUUAAGUUUCAUCUGUGUGUUUAUAAUGGGACAGGAAAAUAUCCAGAAAUGGAUCUAUAUACAUAUAUUGGAUUGAAGGAUAAGAGUGAUAUAUGAUUCUCACAACCAGCAGCUUCUUAGUUUGAGAACUUGAAAGUUCUUAUUAGACCAGAGAGUGGUCACAUGUGAACCCAGUUAACUAUUUUAUCAAUUGGUCUAAAGCAUCUAGUGAUAGUUCCUUUAGAUAAUUUGAUCGUCCAAGGAGACAAAAGAUUGUGCUGCAAUUGGAGCGGUGCAAGAAGCAAUAAACUCAUUUUUAAUGUUUCCUAGGAUGUUAUUUCUGUAAGAACAAUUUUUGACUUACUCAAACCCCCUGGAAAUCUUUGGCACAAAAGCACAUGAAAUUAAGCCCUUUGUGUUUAUCUCUAAAGGUGCCUACCCAGUUAAAUAAAUUAAACAAGCUUGGUUUGAUGUGCAUGUGCUGCUCAGAAGCACACUUUAGCAACAGCAGCAAUAAGGAAAUUGAGGCAGGAGGAUAAUUUAGAAAAUAUCAGCUGCAGUAUAGAUUUGUGUGGAGAGUAUAAAAUGCAUUGCAACCUAAAAAAGAUGAGCACACAUGGCAGUCAUGGAUGGAGUUAGAUUUAGCAGCCCUGGAAAAAGCUCAGUUACAUUUUGGGCUUUGAUAAGGGAUAAGAGGGUGUAAGAAUGCUAUUGACAAUAAAAUUACUUCAUUGCAUUGGCAUGCUUACUUCCCUUCUUUUUUUAGACAGUCUACUACCAUGAUCAUUCCAUGGGAAAACACCUAGGGGACAGCAAAUAGAUAUUGUGCCUAUUCACAAGAGGUUCUAAGACAGAUCCAAAUAAUUUUAAACCAAUUAGGUUGCUUAGUGUUGUUUCUAAAUUGUAUUCUAAAUACUUUUGGGUUGUAAAAAGUUGAGUUAAAGCUGAAGAACAGGUGGAGUUUAUAAAACUACAACAGAGCUGUGUUUUUUCCCUCCACCAAUCGAUUAAAAAUACAGCAUUUUACUGUGAAUUUCUUCUAAUAAGCAUAUUUUACAUGCACUUUUCACUAAUAUACACAUUUUUGAAAGCAGCCUUUGCUGAUAUAAUGCAUUUUGUAUGCUAUUUUCAUAAAUAUAUGCAUUUAUAUGCACACUUUAUGCAUAUAUAUAUAUAUAUAUAAUUACAUGGCUGAAGAACUGCAUUGCAAAAUUCAGAGAAGCGCAAAUUUCAAAGGAUGGCUAUAUUUCGGUUUGCCUCUGGUUUCAGAAAGUGGCAGGAAUGCCAGUGAUUGGACCCAAGACCAUCUGCACGCAAAGCAUUGGUGGCAGUGCUUGGUGGAUUUAUUUCUAAGAAAGAGUUACUAAUGUUGCUUGUGAGACCCAUAUGAUCCAGAUGGUGCUUAAGAAUACAAACAGGUCCUUCAGAUAAUGCAGGUAGGUCACUAACAACUUUCCUGACUUUCCACAGACAGGGUGACUUUGGAAUAAACAGGAGGCAGGGACUGUUGGGCUGCCAUUUUGAUGCUGGUGGCAAUGUGUGGAUGCUGCAAUAAACAUUCAUGUAUGAGAAGUGCCCAUCCUCAAUAAACAUGCAUCCGAAAGCACUCACCGUGGAUACAGCUGUUUGUCUUUGGUAACAGAAAAAGAGAAGCGCUUCUCCCAAAAUGUUCCAGUGCUAUGUACAAAUCUCAGGCAUCUCAAGUCAUGGAGGGUACCAUCAGAAAUAGAUGGUUAAGACAGCAGUAUGUGGAAACUCAGCAUCUUGGAACUGAUUUUGCAUCUCCAAAAGGAUAGACCUGAUUGAACUAUCUAGAGAGCCAAAGCCACAUCUGUAAAGGGAUAACCAGACUGGCAGUUUUUCUUCUCUGUUCCUGAUAUUGGUACUAGGUGGAGGAUGCAACCAACACUUUCUUUUAUGAUCUAUCGGUGUUUGUUCUCCACAUUCUGGUUGCUCCUCCCCUUCUGCUUCAUUUUAGAGAAACAGAGUUUUGAUUGGCUGGCCUGGACACAUUUGAUGCUCCUUCAGCUCCUGGCCAUUUUCUCUCUUUCCAAAAAUAAUAAUCUGAGCCUUCUCUUUUUAAGAAAAGUAUUUUAAAACAAUGAAUUGGUGCCUAUGCAGAUCCACACAUAGGCAAAGUCACGAGGGUGCUGAUGAUGCCAUCAGUCAAUCUGAACUUCAGAAGCUGAACAAUUUUUUUUUCCCUGUGGAAGAUGUUUUGUAACCAUCCCUAUUGUCCUUGUAUUUCUUGCCUCUUGAUAACUAUUUGCUUUCCAGUUUGAAAUAAUGUAUGGAAAGUGUUUAUCUGCUUUCUUCAAUAUUCUGUUGUCAGACACAGUGAACAUUAGUGGUGUUGGCUGAGAAAUCUUUGUCGGGAAUCUUGUUUUCUAAAGCAUUAUUUGUGUCCUGCAAGAAGCGCUAUUCUUUUAUAUAAAUAUAUAUUCUUGGCUGACACUUUCAGUGUAGCAGAUUGUUGUAUCUUCCCACAGGAUAAAAUUCACAAGGAGUGUCUGCAAAAUCAAAAGGAGAAUAAUUCUACCUAGCCCCUGAAUUUCCACAUUGCUCUUUGUGUGCAUAUUCCUAUAGACACUGCACUGCUUGUUGAAAAUCAUGCAUUUGUGUUGUACAUGAGAGAGCCAGGAAGGGAGGACAAGACUAUAGCUCAGUGGCAUGCAGAAGGCCCUGGGUUCAAUUUCUGGCAUAUCUGUGUGCAGCUAAGGAAGAUUCUGGUCUGAAACCCUUGGAAAGCCACUGCCCAUCACUGCAGACUAUUAGCUGAUGGGUUGGGACCCAUUACUAAGUUGCAACCUGAUCUAAGGUGAAUCACAACAACAGUGCUGCCUCCAUACAAUAUAUGGUAAAAUCAAUGAAGAAAUGGUCCCCAAAUGCAUGUUUGGGUUAAAGAUGGGUUCUGAGCAUCCCAGGCUUUGUGAUAUACAUUGAUGGAAUCCACCUCGGCUAGAGGGAGAGGAGAAGAAUGGGGUGGGUGAAGCUCUGGGUAUUAGUGUACGCUGUAUGGCCAUGGCUACUGUGCUUUAUGCAUUUCUGCCUGUAAACUGCACUGUGGUUUAAAAUAAUUUAUUGGUAUUUUCAAUUAUUACUCUUUUUUUGGCUUUUUCUAAAUACUGCUAUUGGGAUUCAUUUAAAAUGGGUUAAGUGUUAGUCGGUGAUAUCAGCCCUAUUAACAUUUGUAUUGUGUUUGAGCUCCACAUGCGUGGGGCGUGGGGAUGAGUGUGUUAGCUCCACUCCUCCAUCGUUGCUCCUGUUGCCACCCAAAAGCAUGACUAUCUGUAAAGAGGAGCCCGGGAGUCUCCCCUCCCGGUGCAGAGUUAGGAGGAGGAGCUCAUGCCUUCAUCUUCACACUCCCACUUCAUGUGCAGAGUUCACACACAACGCAAACACUUGAACGGGGCCGUUGUGUGUUUCACGAUGAAUCUGUAAUGCUGCAAUGAGUCUUAGGUUAAAUUUUCAGAGGGUUAGCUAUGUUAGUUUGUUGCAGGCACCAAAACAAAUCAAAGAGUUUUGUGGUACUUUAAAGAAUAACCAAUUUCAUUACGGCAUAAGCUUUUUUGGGCUAGAGCUCACUUUGUCAGCAGUAUUGAAGUACGAUCAUCCGUUGUUGUGUGUGUGUGUGUAUUACACACACAUGGGUGUAAAUGGAGCAAAAUAUAUAAAUGUUGGAGUCAAAUAGGACUUUAAAGUACCACCUGUGACAUAUCAUUAGAGGCAAAAUAAAUAAAUAAAUAAAACCCUACUAAAAUGUAGUAUAGUUUAGUGAUUGAUAUUGCUUUUAUUACCGUUAAUUUGCUAUGUUAUCACAAUGCUAUUUCCUAUAGGGGGGAAAAGAAAGAACAUCAUGACUAAAUGUAUUUUCUUAACAUGGGGAUGGAAGUCCUAGGCCAGUCUUCCCCCAGUCUGGUGCUUUCCAGUGUGCUGGCUGGAGGGAGGGACGGAUGGGAUUUGUAGUCCAAAAUUUAUGGAGGGCACUAAUUUGGUGAAAGCUGCCCUUAACCAUUAUCAGUUCUCCAUAUGUUCUCUGGUGGGAUCAUGGACUGAUGAGUCCUUUACAGAUUAACUCAAGUAAUCUAGACAGCAGUAUGCCAAAAUAAGAAUAUAAAGUUCACCAUGAGUAGCACUAUGCCAGAGUAGAUAUUGAGCCAUGCAUAUUAGAUACUCAGUUAUGUGUACUAUAAUCAGCCAUUUAUUCAAGAUAGUGGGUUGCUAGCUGCAUAUUACAAAGGAAGGCUGGCUAGAUAAAUAAGUAGACAGAUGAUAGACACACACAUGCACACAUCAGAAUAAAAAUCCAGUUUCACUUCAGCAGGGUUGGGGUGUGUGUGUAAUCCCUGGCAGCUGAUAUUGUGAACUGUUGAACUCUAUGCAUGAAAUUGAGUGUGUCCACCAAUACUUCUCCACAAGUUUAGUUUAUUGCGGCAAAGCUUCAUUCCAUUCAAAGUAUUUGUAUAGUUGUUUUGGUGAAUUGCUAUCUCCUAACUUGCUAUAGCUGAGAUGAUUGUGUAAGUUGAUUACAUAAUACAUAGCAUGUAAAAGGAAACAGCAGCUGAGCAAUGGUAUUUGCUGUUCUUCAUCCAAGCGAGAAGGAAAGGUUUUUCCUUUCAAUGAAUAGCAACUGAAAAAAGAGAAGGAUAUCUGUCAAGGUCUAAGCAAAAAUUGAAAACACGCACCUUUGGUCCUUGUUUUGCUGUAGUUCUUUUUAGAACAGGAGAUAAUGGUCUUUUUUUAAAAAAAAAAGCCAGCAAGAUUUUUGCUGUUACACAGCUUAAGUGUGCAAUGUUUUGCUCGCAGUCUGUCUUCGCUGUCAUCAAAAUGUAAUUUCUCUAGACUCACUGUGGGCUGCAACAGAUUUCUUGGAAAUGAAGGUUGUGUUGACACCCACAGGCUAGUAAUGUUUUCACAAGAAAGAACAUGACUUUAUAUUUGACUCUUUUGAAAGGAGAUUAGCAGCAGUAAGAUGUGUAAGAACUGCCAGGUUCUCCCUACUCUCCUCUUGCCCCACCGAUUCUUCUUUCUUUCUGAGCCCAUUCUCUAGGUAGGUGCAACUAAGUGAAGUAUUUUAGGCUUGAUUCACAUGGAUAUCAGGUGGGGGGGGGAGGGAGUAAAGCUGACACUAUCAAAGAUGGGGAGGCCAACAGAGCUGGCAUGCAAAGCUGUUUUGAUUCCCCCUCCUUCUGCCUCUUUCUACCCAUAAAGUCUCAACUAACACAAAUUGAGAAAAUGCAGUGCCUACUUUUCAUGGAUUUGUAGUAAACCUAUGCCUUGUAUUGGGGUUAAUCUAUUAGCUCCACCUAGUGGAGCCACCUAGUAACUGCAUAGGAGUUCAUAGAAUCAUAGAAUCACAGAAUUGUAGAGUGGGAAGGGACCCCAAGGAUCAUCUAGUCCAACCCCCUGCAAUGCAGGAAUCUCAGCUAAAGCAUCCGUGAGAGAUGGCCAGCCAAACUCUGCUUAGAAACCACCAAGGAAGGAGAGUUGACCACCUCCUGAGGGAGUCCAUUCUACUGUCAAACAGCUCUUACUGUCAGAAAGUUCUUCCUGAUGUUGAGUUGGAAUCUCCUUUCUUGUUACUUGAAUCCAUUGGUUUGGGUCGUACCCUAUGGAGCAGAAGAAAACAAGCUUUCUCCAUCUUCUAUAUAGCUAUUAUAUUUCGUCUCAGUCUCCUCUUUUCCAGGCUAAACAUACCGAACCGUUCCUCAUAAGGCUUGGUUCCAGACCCUUGAUCAACUUGGUUGCCCUCCUCUACACACAUUCCAGCUUGUCAACACCCUCCUUAAAUUGUUGCACCCAGUACUUCAGAUGUGAUGUGACCAAAUCAGAAUAGAGCGGUACUAUUACUUCCCUUGAUCACUGCAUUAGCAAAAUGUAUAUAAUGCCUGCUGGCCCUGCCCUUGACCUUCACAUAUUUAGCAGAACCUAAGUGUGUACAAACUGUACAUGCAUAGUCCAUAUUCAGUCCAAGCAAUCUGGUACACUUAUGCAAUCUGGUACACUCAGCAUGUGACCACCUGAGCUCUAGGCACUUGACAGUGUUGGCAGCAUGUAGUUAAUUGAUAAGCUUUGCACACAAUCCUUUGUACACAAGUUGAUGUUACUUAGGCACAGCUGGGAUUUUAAAUUACUGAUAGAAGCUGAUACAUCCCAGAGAAAAUCUGAUGUCUCAAAUACAGCUAGUGGAAAGAUUUGUAAUCUAAUGUGGACUGAAGUCUAUCACAGUGGUUGAUAGUGUGGACAUAUAUGAUGAUUAAAAAGUCUGUAUACGGGGAGGGAGGGAGAGAGCGAGCGAGAGAGAGAGCGAGAGCGAGAGAAUAUUAAUAAUAUCUUGUAAGCACAAGUGAAAAGGAAGAAUUUGGUGUGAGAUUUCUAACAAGGAAGUGACUCACUGCCUCUCCAGGAAAAUAUUCCAGAUAGGUGGGGCUGGAAACAUUGCAGAACUUCUUGUCACACUGUGACCCAGUGAGGGCUGCACAGAGGGUUAUAGUGAAUCCUGGAACUCUGGAAGCUUCCUGAGAACCAGACAGUAUAGCUUGUGGCCACAACACCUCAAGCUGUUGGUUGUUGCUUCCUAGAGUAGGGUCAGCCUGAUUCAUUACAAGGUGGGAGAUUGCCAAGGAAAACAUAGGUGGAAGGAGAAGGAAGAGGGCUUGUGAUUCAGUAGGUUAUGCUCUUCUUAGUGAGUCACAAGUGAACCAUCAAAUCUUGAACUUUAUGCUGCUGGUGGUGGACUCCGCUGCACCCUUUCCUCUCUUUCAAUCUUGCCAUCACACAACAUCCCUACCCUUUAUCUAUUUAUUUUCCAUUUAGAUGACUUCGGCACACAGUGGUGGGGUUUAAUGGAGCAGCAUUGCUGCCGCCACCACUUCCACAGCCUUUCUGUGUGCGCUGGCCAAAGCGGAAGGAUAGGGAGAAGGGGGGGAAAGAUAUCUUACCUACUCUAGCUCUCAGCCUGCUACAAUGAAGAGGCCCGGAUUGGGCCCUUUGCUGGCAUGUGGUGGCAGAUCCUGCACUGUCCCAGCUUCAUCUCUUCCCCAUCUCCAAAACGACCUGUUCAGAGGGUUUCCACAGGGCACCACUGGUGGGGAUAUCACCAAUGGUAGCUGCUGCGAUCGGGCAAUUGGAUCACUCUUUUUUUGUUUAUAUCCACCAAGGUGAAAGUGUUAUUGUGCUCAUGUCAUGUGAGGGCUUCUGAUAGGCAUCUGGUUGGCUACUGUGAGAACAAACAGGACCAGCAGCUAGAGGCAAAACACUCUAACAAAGCAUCCAAAUCUACUCUUGUCAGUUUUCUGGUGCCAACUGAAGACUGUUCUCUUUUUCUGGGCCUUUAUUAACUUCUUGAGCAUUUGGGAGAGAGAUGACAGAUGGAUGUGUUAAUGAUAUUUUAUUGCCAUAUUGGCUUUUACAUUGUGAUCUGCCCCAAUAUCACUUGUGAUGAGGGGUGGAAUAUAAAUUCUAUAAAUAAAUGCAUAAACAACAGGACUGUUCUUCAUGGCUUGUGUGGAGUUCAGCAUAAAAGUCUACUGUGACUUCACUUUGGCCCUCCACAAAGCAAACCAGCCACAGGCCACUAGGUCAGGUGGUUGCAAAGUACUUGCAGAUCUUUAAAUGUCAAUGCACUUGGAGCUAUGAAGUCUGCCCACGUUGAGCAGCUUCAAGGCUAAGCUCAACAAUAGCACUGAAUUUUUGAACACACACAAAUGAACACCCUCAGUUUGGAAAGUUACAAGUUGAGCACCAAACUCCAACCUAAGGUUUGUCCCUAGCUUUUUCUCCUUCUGGUUUCCUAUUCCCCUUUUCAAACCUUCCUGUGGCAGCAGAUGGGAAGCUAGCGCCAAGAAAGACUGAAAAUAGGGCCCACCUUUAACUUGGCAUGUUUCCAGCACCUCAAAAUGGAGUGUUCUGAGCAUACUUGACUCAAAUACCUUUGUUGAGUAAACCAGAACACAGGAAUCAAUGCUUUCUAAUUCUUCCUGCCUCAACCUAUUCAUCUAAGAGGAAUUAACUAUAGGUCCCAGGAUGUGUCACAGUAAUAGAGCUCUUGGAGUCUGUUUUGUCACCAGGAUAUUGCAAAUGUAAGAACACUCCCCACACACUGCUUCCCCAGCUCCCCCUGCUGCUUGUUUCUGUUUUAAAAUGUUACGUAUGGGGAAAGUGGGUGGCAGGAAAGGCAGAAGAGAGGGUGCAGAGCUACCCUCGGCUGAUCCUUCUGAGUUCCCAAAGAUCUAGUGAGACAAGCUUGAGGGUUUUUUUAAUAAGAAGUAUUCUUUGGAAUAACUCAGAUGGUCUAAGUCUGUUCUGAAUCAAGGUUGCAGUGGGGGGGUUGCCUGCCUUUAGCUGAAUAUUCUUGCCUCCUAGUACCUACUGAUUUAUGGUUACUUGGCAAUGAGUGGCUUCAACCCCACCUGCCCCUAGUUGUGGCAGUUGUCCACUGGAAUGCAAGCAGAAAGUGAAGCUCCUAAUCCCAGUGUACUUUAUUGUCUUUCCUCCAUUUUAGGCACUGGGUAAAAACGCUUCCUCUUCACCCAGACCUUAGUUUGAAUGGUUUUUAAUAUAGCUCAGUAGGUAGAGCAUGAGACUCUUAGUUUCAGUGUUGUAGGUUUGAGCCCCAAGUUGGGCAAAGGAUUCCUAUGUUGUGUGGGGGGGUUUGAACUAGAUGAUCCUCAUGCUCUCUUCUAACUCUACAAUUCUAAGUAUUUGUGGCCUCUUUUAGUGGGGCAGGAUCUGCUGGACUUAUCUUUUAUUUGUAUAGAAGUGCUUCUUUGUUUUAAGUAUUUAUUGAUCGUGUUUAUUGCAAUUGGUUUUAGUGUUUCUAUUGUAAGUUGCUUUGAGUCAGUUUUAUGAGUAAAGUGACUUAAUGAUAAUAAUAAUUAAUAUCAAUCUUUGGAUUUGCAUUAACUAUUGCCGUGAUGCCUGGUUUCCAGAACAGAGUGCAGCCUGAAUUGGUCUGCUCAUUCUUUCCAGGAGUUUGUGGGAACGCUUUCUGGCUGCGCAGGAAUAUUGGGCCUGUGGAACACUGA